AAACAUAUUUCACUGUAAACACGUGACAAUAUCGUUAUAAACGCUAGGUUAUUGUGUCAUUCAAGCUCUUUAGUGCAGUCGCUAUCGGCAUCACCUUUAAUAGUGUGCGAUCAAUGAGAUUAACUUUUCUUUUGUUGUCGUGAAUGGUGAUGCACGAAUUACUUUUACCCCUCGGGCAUGAUGGUUUGGUUUAUGGAAGGCAUGUGUUUUUUACCUACUUUUCUGGUCAUCUGGUCAUCGAGCACGUUCAUAGUUUCUUAUAUCAUCGCACUGUUUCAACAAGAUGUUGAUGUUAUCCUUCCUUAUAUAAGUGAUACAGGUGCCACUCCACCUGAGAGCUGUGUGUUUGGGUUUAUGUCUACAAUCACUGCCUUCUCAGCAUUUGCCACCAUGUAUGCUGAAUAUAAGUUUGUGGAGAGGAUACACGAGAACACAGGUGCCGUGUCCCCACAUCUAAACAAAGCAUCUUUUGCUGUUGGAAUCAUCUCUUGUGUUGGCAUGUGUUUUGUGGCUACAUUUCAGGAGACAUCGGUGGUAUCAGUGCAUGACUUUGGAGCUCUACUAUUUUUCAUCUUUGGGGCUAUAUAUGCCGUUACUCAGUGUGUGAUAUCAUACCGCGGCCGUCCUUAUGGAUCAUCUACAGCCGUGUGUCAUGUUCGUGCAUUUUUUGCUGCACUUGCUGUUAUAGCAGUAUUUCCAACCAUUUUCUGUGCAGUAAAUGUAGGGACAAGUAAACUUCACUGGAACAGUGAUGAUAAGGAUUAUACUCUUCAUCUAGUGAGUGUUGCGUUUGAAUGGAUCACUACCUUUAGUUUUGUUUUCUUCUUCUUAACCUACAUCCGAGAAUUUCAGCAAUUUACUCUGAAGAUGACCGUUAAGUUAACAGAGUGUUUGUGAGC